GCGCCCGGCGGCGAGAGGAGGCAGUGAAGUGGACCCGAGUGGCCCUUCGGCGUGCUGGCCAAUCGCCGCACGGCCGCCCGCCUCGGGCGGAGGAAUCCUGGGCUGUGAGGCGGCUGGAAUCCGGGCCCAUGUGCUUCUUUGUUUACUAAGAGCGGAAGCAGUGGCGGGAGCGGGGUGUGGGGUGCAGAGGAGGCCUAGUGGCGGACGUCCCGGCGGGAGCAGGAGAAAAAAAAAAGAGUUGUACUGGUGGAAGGAGAGCCGAGAGUCGAUUGUGUGCGAGCUGAGAGAAUUGAAGAGCCUGAGAUUCCUAACUAAGGCAGUGAAAAAAGUUAAGAAGUUCCUGCAAGAGUUUUAUUAUGAUGAUGAACUUGGAAAGAAGCAGUUCAAGUAUGGAACCCAGUUGGUUCAUCUGGCUCAUCGGGAGCAAGUGGCAUUGUACGUGGACCUAGAUGAUGUAGCUGAAGAUGACCCUGAGUUGGUCGACUCAAUUUGCGAGAAUGCCAAGCGCUACUCAAAGCUGUUUGCUGAUGUUGUACAAGAGCUUCUGCCUGAGUACAAAGAGAAGGAGGUGGUGAAUAAAGAUGUCCUAGAUGUUUACAUUGAGCACCGACUGAUGAUGGAACAGCGGAGCAGAGACCCAGGGGCAGCCCGGAACCCUCAAAACCAGUAUCCUUCCGAGCUCAUGCGGAGAUUCGAGUUGUAUUUCCAAGGCCCAAGUAGCAGCAAGCCUCGGGUGAUCCGGGAAGUGCGGGCUGAUUCUGUGGGGAAAUUGGUAACUGUGCGUGGGAUUGUCACUCGUGUCUCUGAAGUCAAGCCCCGGAUGGUGGUGGCCACAUAUACUUGUGAUCAGUGUGGGGCAGAGACUUACCAGCCGAUUCAGUCUCCCACCUUCAUGCCUCUGAUCAUGUGCCCCAGCCAGGAGUGCCAAACCAACCGCUCAGGAGGGCGGUUAUACCUGCAGACUCGUGGUUCCAAAUUUGUUAAGUUCCAGGAAAUGAAGAUUCAAGAACAUAGUGAUCAAGUUCCUGUGGGGAAUAUCCCUCGUAGCAUCACAGUGGUUUUACAAGGAGAGAACACGAGGACUGCCCAGCCUGGUGACCAUGUCAGUGUCACUGGAAUCUUCUUGCCGGUCCUGAGGACAGGAUUCCAACAGAUGGCACAGGGUUUACUCUCAGAAACGUUCCUGGAAGCCCACCGGAUUGUGAAGAUGACUAAAAGUGAGGAUGACGUAGCUGGGGCGGGAGAGCUGAGCCGGGAAGAGCUGAAGCAGAUUGCAGAGGAGGAUUUCUAUGAAAAGCUGGCUGCUUCUAUUGCUCCGGAGAUCUAUGGGCACGAAGAUGUGAAGAAGGCACUGUUGCUGCUGCUGGUGGGUGGUGUAGACCAGUCUCCUCAAGGCAUGAAGAUUAGGGGAAACAUUCACAUCUGCCUUAUGGGAGAUCCUGGUGUGGCCAAAUCUCAGCUCCUAUCUUAUAUUGACCGUCUGGCCCCACGAAGUCAGUACACAACAGGUCGGGGCUCCUCUGGAGUGGGGCUGACAGCAGCUGUGCUGAGAGACUCUGUGAGUGGGGAACUCACUUUAGAGGGUGGUGCCCUCGUGCUGGCUGACCAGGGUGUGUGCUGCAUUGAUGAGUUUGACAAAAUGGCCGAAGCUGACCGCACAGCCAUCCAUGAGGUCAUGGAGCAGCAGACCAUCUCCAUUGCCAAGGCAGGAAUUCUCACCACACUGAAUGCCCGAUGCUCUAUCCUGGCUGCUGCCAACCCUGCCUAUGGGCGAUACAACCCCCGCCGAAGCUUGGAGCAGAACAUACAGCUUCCUGCUGCUCUACUUUCCCGAUUCGACCUUCUCUGGCUGAUUCAGGACCGGCCUGACCGAGACAAUGACCUCCGGUUGGCCCAGCACAUCACCUAUGUCCACCAGCACAGCCGGCAGCCCCCUGCCCAGUUUGAACCUUUGGACAUGAAGCUUAUGAGACGGUACAUAGCCAUGUGCCAGGAGAGGCAGCCCACAGUGCCUGAAUCUCUGGCUGACUACAUCACAGCAGCAUAUGUGGAGAUGAGGCGAGAGGCCCGGGCCAGUAAGGAUGCCACCUAUACUUCUGCCCGGACCCUGCUGGCCAUUCUCCGACUUUCUACUGCUCUGGCUCGACUCCGGAUGGUAGACAUUGUGGAAAAGGAAGACGUAAAUGAAGCCAUAAGGCUGAUGGAGAUGUCAAAAGACUCCCUUCUAGGUGAAAAGGGACAAACAGCUAGGACCCAGAGGCCAGCAGAUGUGAUAUUUGCCACAGUCCGUGAAUUGGUCUCAGGGGGACGAAGUGUCCGUUUUUCUGAGGCUGAGCAGCGCUGCAUAUCACGUGGUUUCACACCAGCCCAAUUCCAGGCAGCUCUGGAUGAAUACGAGGAGCUAAAUGUCUGGCAGGUCAAUACUUCUCGGACACGGAUCACUUUUGUCUGAUGGCCAGCUUUGAGGCUCACCUUUGUCUGAUAGCCAGCUUUUAAGGCCCUGCUGCCCACCCCAGAGAAUGCCCUGGAUGCCCCAGAGAUGAAGAUCCCAUUUUCCCACGCUGCACUUUUUUAUUCUGUUGUUAAUAAAGUGUUUUGAAUACUUCC